AUGAACAAAAUCAUCAAAAGAAGAUGUCGAAGAGGAGAGAAUGACAGGGUAGAUAGAAAACCACACCAGACGAUGGCAAUGACUAUUGCUCUCUCUUUAUUAAUCUCCUCUGCGAUCGAGUUGGAGAGAACAGAAGGAGGUGUUGAUUCCAGAUCAACCGAUGGAGAUAGAGAGAAUAGAAGGAGGCGAUGUUCGGGAGGGACUGCCGAUGGUUCUGAAACAUGGGGAUAUGUUGAUGUGCGCCCUGGUGCACAUAUGUUUUGGUGGUUGUAUAAGAGUCCUAAUAGACCCAAACAUUCAACCAAACCAUGGCCUACAAUUCUAUGGCUCCAAGGAGGCCCUGGUGGUUCCGGUGUUGGUUUUGGAAAUUUUGGAGAACUCGGACCCUUAGAUGUUGAUUUGAAGCCAAGAAACUCAACAUGGCUUCAGAAGGCAGAUCUCUUGUUUGUGGAUAGCCCAGUUGGGACCGGGUAUAGUUAUGUGGAAGACGAUAACUUGUUUGUCACAACCGAUGUUGAAGCAGCAAUAGAUGUAACAACAUUGUUGAAGACGAUCUACAAUGGAAACGAGACCACUGUAAUGCCUCCACUUUAUAUUUUCGCAGAAUCUUAUGGAGGUAAAUUCGCUGUGACCCUUGCACUUGCUGCUCUACAAGCUAUUGAAAAGGGGGAACUUAAGCUUCAACUUGGAGGUGUUGCGUUGGGCGAUAGUUGGAUUUCUCCCGAAGAUUUCGUGUUUUCAUGGGGUCCGUUACUUAAAGACGUGUCAAGGAUUGAUGAUGUUGGUUUGAAUAAAUCGAAUAGUUUAGCUCUAAAGAUUCAGCAGCAGAUAGCAGACGACCAGUAUGCAAAGGCAACAGACACAUGGGGGGAUCUCGAGGAAGUCAUCCUUGAUAGCAGCAAUGGUGUGGACUUCUACAACUUCAUGUUGGAUGGGGAAAAUGAUCCAACUUCGCUGACAACAAAAUCAUCAAGACGAUUUGGAAAGAAGCCUUAUGCCAUGGUCUCGGGAGCCAAUGGAAAUGACCUGGAUUCCGUCAUGAAUGGUCCAAUCAGACAGAAGCUCAAAAUCAUUCCCACUAACGUGGAAUGGGGAGGACAAAGUGAUGGUGUGUUUAUAGCCAUGGAAGGAGACUUCAUGAGACCAAGAAUCGCAGAGGUUGAUGAGCUUUUGUCAAUGGGUGUAAAUGUGACUAUAUACAACGGACAGAUUGAUCUAAUAUGUGCAACUAAGGGGACAGAAGCAUGGAUCAAUAAACUCAAGUGGGAUGGUUUAUCGACUUAUUUGAACCUUGCUCGGACUCCAUUAUACUGUGGUGAAGAUAAGAGCACCACAAAAGGAUUCUUUAAGUCAUAUGAGAACUUCGCCUUCUACUGGAUUCUUGGAGCUGGUCAUUUUUGCCACAAUGCUUUCAUUUUCUCAUUCUUCUCUUCCAUUUUUAUCCGCACGGAUUCCCACCUUGCCGCCUCCUCCUCCAAUAGUGUUUCUUUCGCUUCUAUAACUAUCCCGCCUGACCUGCACAAAACAUUUUGUUCUCUCUUUGCUGCUCCGUUGGUCCCUUCGUAUGAAGAAGGUGGAUCUGCCAGGUUUGUGGUGGUUUCCGUCAAGAGGGCUAAUGAAAUCGAACCUUCAAAGUUGAAGCGGAAAAGCUCAAAACUGAUUCCCGACAUUAGGUUCUAA